AUGAUGAUGAUGGUUAUCUCUCCGUCCAGCGAGAUUUGUUCCUUUUCUGUGCGGGAAGAAAAAGCUGCAACGUCUCCGCCGCGACUACGACAACUACGCAGCUACGACUACGGCCAGCUACAGAAUAACUACGAGCUCGACGAUGGAGGUCGAGAUGGAGGUCGAAAUGGUCGACUACGAGGGUUGAACUUUGCCACUGCGAAGAAGAAGAAAAGACACCGCAGAUGCAGGAGAAGAAGCAAAAAACCCAAGAGGCAGAAGAAGAAAGGAAAAGAAGAAAAAAAAAAAGAAGGAGCGGAAAGCCACCCCGUCUGCUGGUACAAUCCCUCUGCACGACUCGCUUGCCAUGGAACAGACCCCGGCUGGCUGAAGGAGGAGGAAGAACGAAGCCCGCCCAACCUGCUCUGGCUCGAGCUGUUUGUCCGGUUCAGCUGGAAAGCGGAUGGCAGCUCGUCUCAUCCGCACUUCGCCCUCGGUUUCAGCAUCGGCCCUGUCUGUCUGGCCAAAGGAGAAAAAGGCAAAACAGGCAGGGCACAAAAGGCAAAGCACAGCAAGGUGCAGAGUGGAGGCGGGCCGGUCCAGCCAGAGAACGAUAGGGAAAAAAAAGAAGGGCGAAAAAAACGAGAGCGAAGAAAGGGAGAAGAAGAAAAAAAGGAAAAAGGGACGAAGAAUAAGAAUAAUGAUUACGAUCAUUGCAGGCGAAGAAGAGAGUAUCUAUCAUAUCUCCUCUCUCCAAGCCCCCCAUGUCCGGCCGGGUUGACUGAUCCAUGUCAUGCUGAUGAUGGACAGACAGGCUGGGUUCUUCACGGCGUAAGGGCCCAACACGCGACAGACGGACGGACAGGGAGGCUAAGAAGAAUGGACAAGAAGCACCAGCAACAAGCGGCAUUCAAGGUCAGUCUGACCCGACGAGGGCGAACUGGGCACAGAAAACGAGGGAGGGAUGACUUGGUCGGUGGAUAUCUAAUAACUACUGGAUGGCUCGAGAUGAAACGCAGCUGGCGGUCAGUGGAGCAGAAGGACGGUGCUCAUAAGGAGCAGAGUGAAUAUUAUAAUGGACGAACACCACUCCAUACAUACUCCAUAUAUGCGCUGUCUGUUAUUGCCCUGCCUGCCCGGCUCUCCUCUCCUCUCCUCUCAGAAGGGAAGAUGCAUGCAUGA